AGAAGCAGGGAAGUAGGCGAGCGUGUUAUUUAGGUUUAAAGCCAACUGUCGUCCCUCUACUUUAAUAUUUUAUUCGUUCUUGUCCCUCUACUAAGGUCAUGUUCGUUGUCGUCCCUCUACUCUCCAAAGAGCCAAAAUGUCGUCCCUCUACUUGGCUUUUUUUGUUUGUUGUCGUCCCUCCCCUAACACCGUCCAUGUUGCUGUCACUGCUGACCGAUUAAGGGCCAUAAAACAAACAAGGUUGGAUCAAAUGGAGGCUGCUGAUUGGGGAUCCUUACUGCAAGAAAUCAGUGAAGGAAAUGGUGGAGAUGCUUGAAAUUGAGGGGUGAUGACCUGUUUUGUUCAUGCUGUGGAUUGCUACUUUAAUUUUGAGGAUGCUGAUUUUUUGGACUUUAUGGUGUUAAUGCUUGCUAUAUAUAUAUAUAUAUAUAUAUUGUAUAUUAUGAAUGCUGGUUUAUGGUAGGCACUAUUAGGGCAUGUAAGUGCUUGUAAUGCACUGUAAAUACAGGUUUAGAUAUGGAUACAAUGAAGAUAGAAAUGCUUUUAAUGUGUAAUAGGUGUUAGCUCCGGUAGUUAUGCCUUGUACCAGCAGUUGGAAAUGCUUUUAAUGUGUAAUAGGUGUUAGCUCCGGUAGUUAUGCCUUGUACCAGCAGUAAAAAUUGUCUGAGCAAUCUUUUUUUUUUUUGUUAAGUAUUGCUCUGUAUAAGCAUUCACUGAAAUGAAAUGAGUAACCUUGUUUUUUUGUUAUGUUAUGCCUUGUACCAGCUAUAAAUAUUGUCAUGAGCA